GACAUACAGAUCACAAGACUCACAAAACCUUUGCCGUUUCAUUCAUCACCAUGAACAGAGGAGCGAAAAGUGCGAAAAGUGUAGGGGAAGAAUGUGGAAGCCAUGUGGAAAUACCAACGGAAAACCAAGAAUUUGUAGUAACAGUUGUAGUUGCAGAAAACUGGGAGGUACUCCGGAUCUCAAGUCUUCAUUUCGGGUAUCCUGCAAGGCCCCGAGGUACUUCUCGUGAGGGGUUUGCAUGUGUACAGAACUACUGCGGAGCAAGAGCAGAGGGGACGAGCUUGAAUCCGACUGAGCUCGUCGUCCUUCCAUUGAAUCGAGGUAGCUGGAUGUCGAGGGCCACUCCGGAUGUCAGAGAUUGCGCAUCUCGGGCAGCUAUGGAGUGCACGACUUCGGACUGGCAACAUGCUUCAUCUCAUGACCUCUGUCAACCCACAUACCUCUCUGAUACCUCAUGACCUCUGUCUACCACCACUACAACAGUAAGAGACAAUCGACCGUCACACUAUAUGUUAAAGAUAGAAUCUUUCUCUUGACUCUCUCGACUUGUCUCACAAAGUGAUGAGAAAAAAUAUGAAACGGAAGU